AUGUCUUCACCUUCUUUUUCAGACAAUGAAGAGUCUAAUGUCACGCCAUCAAUGGCAUCAACAUCAUCAACUACAAGUCACAAGAAGAGAAAAGCUAAUGCUAAAGAUGUGAUGAAUUUACUAGAAUCGAUUGAAAGAGUAACCCGACACUUAUGUGGUGCUAAAUAUCCAACUAUUAAUCUUGUUUAUCUGUAUAUGGAAUUACUCAAAAAAACGUUUGCUCCAAAGACAGAUGAAACGGUUGAUACCUAUUUGAAUUUGAUUUAUGAAGAAGUUGAAAGUGAAGAGAAUGAAAGUGAUGAAUCUGAUAAUGAUAUUUCUACUGCUGGCACUAAAUAUUUGCCUUCUGUUGCUACUGAUGGUUUACUUUGUAAAGUUCAAGCUGCUAUUUAUCUUUCAUUAGAUGAAUUAUGGGCAGUUCCAAUGAAUAUUGCUUUAGUUGCUAUGUUUCUUGAUUCAAGGUUCAAACAUUUCAAUUGGGCAACAAGUGUUGAGCAAAAUAGAGCACAGGAUUUGGUAAAGACCCUAUAUAAUGAAUUAAAAAUAAACCUUACUAUUUCAGAUGACAAUGAAGAAAAUUUGGUAGACAGUAAUUAUAAUGAUGACAAUGCUGAUUUUUUUUAUGAAUUAGAAUCAAAUUCUAUACAAGUUGAUGUAGAAGAUGAUGAUGAAGUAACAAGUAGCUUGCCUGUUUUAGCCCAAUUGGCUCGCAAAUAUCUUUCUAUUCUGGCAACUUCCGUGCCGAGCGAAAGAUUGUUUUCUGAUGCUGGCAACCAUAUCUCAGCAAAACGAACUUGUUUGUCACCAGAUUUAGUGAAUAAGGUUUUGUUUUUGAAAUGCAAUAGAGUUCAUUUUGAAAUAUUUCCACCACAAGAAUAA